CAGAAGCCCCCAACAGUGAAUCUGAACUAAAACUCAAAGAUUUCAGAGAGUUCAAUUGAAACUAGAGAAAUCACUGAUUGUGUUGAAAUAUGGUGAAUGCAAUUCAAUAUCAUCAAACUUCACCAUUGAUUCUCUUUCAAUGCUGUUCAUCUUCUCAUCCUCCUCGUCUCCCCAGGGGAUUGCGUGGGAAGCUGACAUUGAAUUGCUAUAUCAAGAGUCCUCCCUUGAGUAAAGUUGUUGCAAGUCAUGCUGUUUCGGGUCUUGCUUCAUUGAUAUUUCUCUCUCGAACAAGCCAGGUUCUUGCAGCUGAUUUAUCUCAUCAUCCCAGCAUCUGUCAGCUUACGAGUGCUGUGGAUAAUAAGCCAACUCUUCCACUUGAAGAAGAUUCUGGUGAAGGAAAUGGGAUGCUAAUGAUGAUGAGAGGUAUGACAGCAAAGAACUUUGACCCUGUUAGAUAUUCUGGAAGGUGGUUCGAAGUAGCAUCUCUAAAAAGCGGAUUUGCUGGCCUGGGUCAAGAAGACUGCCAUUGCACUCAGGGAGUUUAUUCAUUCGACAUGAAAACACCUGCAAUACAGGUUGACACAUUUUGUGUUCAUGGAGGGCCUGACGGAUAUAUUACCGGGAUAAGAGGAAAUGUUCAAUGCCUUUCAGAGGAAGAUAUUGGGAAGAAUGAAACAGAUUUAGAAAAGCAAGAGAUGAUUAAAGAGAAAUGUUACCUUCGGUUUCCUACCUUGCCUUUUAUCCCCAAAGAACCUUAUGAUGUUAUUGCUACCGACUACAACAAUUACGCCCUUGUUUCAGGAGCGAAAGACACAAGCUUUAUCCAGAUUUACUCGAGAACACCAAAUCCAGGACGCGAAUUCAUAGACAAGUACAUAUCAUACCUGGCAAAUUUCGGAUAUGAUCCAAGCGAAAUCAAGGACACCCCACAAGAUUGUGAAGUGAUGUCAAACAGUCAGCUAGCUGCUAUGAUGUCCAUGUCCGAGAUGCAAAAGGCUUUAACAAACCAAUUCCCUGAUCUUGAACUAAAGGCUCCUGUAGCACUUAACCCUUUUACGAGCGUAUUCGACACUUUGAAGAAGCUACUUGAGCUUUACUUCAAAUAGAUGUUUCAGUUCCCAUGAACUCCAUUUUAUUCUCUGUUUUCACCGUGAAAUUAUACAGUACAUUGUUCAUCAAACUCCAUGAAUUGUAGAUAUGUAAGCAGCUUUUAAUUGAAAACAUAUUAAUUUUAA